CUCCUGACUUCGUGAUCCACCUGCCUCGGCCUCCCAUAGUGCUGGGAUUACAGGCUCUGGCCACCAUGCCCGGCUAAUUUUUGUAUUUUUCGUAGAGAUGGGGUUUUGCCAUGUUGGCCAGAAAGAUCUCGAACUCCUGGCCUCAAGUGAUCUGUCUGCCUCGGCCUCCCAAAUUGCUGGGAUUACAGGCAUGAGCCACCGCACCCAGCCUGUUAACUCUUAUGUGGCAUUUGCUAUGUGCCAGGAAAUGGCUAUUUACAUGUUUUACCACAUUGAAUCUUCACAACAUCCCUGUGAUGUACAUACUACUAUUAUUCUCAUUUAACAGAUGAAGAACUGAAGUGAAGCUGACUUCCCCAGGCCUGAGAGCUAGCUAAGUCGUAGAGUUAAGAUUUGUACGUGGUCUUAGCCAAAAGGCCAAGAAGCAACUAGAGCUAAGAUUUGAAUGGAGGCAGUCUGGCUCCUGAGUUCAGGCUUCUGACACUGCCUGUGUAAUCAUGAGACUACAUCUGACCAUGCUCAUGACACCAAAUCCAUAGUCUUCCAAACGGGGGAUCAGAGCCAACCACAGCACCUCCUUCUCUCUCACUGGUCCACCCAGUCGACAAAUACUGUUAAUGCUCUCUGAUCUCUCUCUCUGUCUCUCUGGCCUGGCUCCCUCUCUUCAGGUUUGGCUCCUUCCUCAUCUUCUUCUCCCUGGGCUGUUGUUACAGUUUCCCAUCUGGUCUCGUUACCCUUGGGCUUCCCUGAAUCCCCCAGUUCUCUAUACUGUAGCCAGUUAUUGCCCUAAAAUGCAAGCCGAUUGUGUCACUUAAAACCUCUGCUGGCUCUCUAUUGUCUCAUACAGUUCAGACUCCUUAGUGUGAAUGCUGGGCCUCUUGCAUCUGGCCUGCGGUGUACCUCACCAGCCUCAUGUCCCACCAGCGCCCUACUCCAGCCACACCAAGGUCUGCUGUCAUCCAGCACACUGUGUCUGUUCACUUCCAUGUAUUCGUGCUGCACUUUUUAAGGCACUUUGCCAGAUGGUGCAGGUGUAUUGGUGAACACACAGACUGGGCUCCCUCAGAGCUCAGAAGCUAAGUAAGAGAUACAGAUAAUUACAAUGUGGUAUGAUUUACACUACAAUGGAAAUCUCGAGUGCUGAAAUUAUACAGAGUAACCUAUCUCACACCAGGAGAAUCAGGACUAUCUUUUGGGAAAUAUAAGCUGGGUCCUUAUGACGGAGUGGGGGUCCAAAAAAAAGAAAAAAGAAAAAAGAAUUGAGUGGCAUCUAUCCAGGUGAAGGGUGAAAGCAGAGUCACAUAUUCAUUCUUUCUUUCUGCAGGUAUUUAUGGAGUACCCACUAUGUUCUAGGCACUUUUCUAGGUGUUGGGACUACAGCAGUGAAUGAGAGAGACCAAAAAGUCUCUGCCUUCUGGCCAGGAGGCUAGGAGAGCUCCAGUGCUUCCAGCAACAGACAGGUCAUGUGCAACAAACCUGGACAUGAGACAGAGACGUGUCAGGCUAAAGCAAUGUUCUCAACCCUAGCUGCUCAUUGAUAUCUCGUGGAGGCUUUACAGCAUCCUAAUGCCCCUUGAGUAAAUCUGAAUCUCUGGGAGUGGGGCCUUGGCAUCAGUAUUUCUUAAAGCUCCCCAGGUGGUUCUCAUGGGCAACCAGGGUUAUAAGCCACUGUGUCAGGAACUGAAGCACUUCAAAGCUGGAAGUGGAGAUCAGAGAUGAGGUUAGAGAGGUGAGCAGGGGCCAGCCCACCAAGGGCUUUGUAAAUCCUGUUAGGAAGUUUCAGCUUAAUCUUGAAGGCACUGGAGCUGCCAAAGGGCUUAAGCAGGAUGAUGAGAGCAUCACAUUAUUUUUCCUUUUUUCCCCCUUUAACAAGGAUCAGUCUGGAUGCUCUGUGUGAAGUGGAUUUACAUGGACAAAAAUAAACAGAUGUUAGUUUGGAGGCCAUUGCAGGAGGCAGAGAGAAAUGGCAUUGGGCUGCGAUGAUGGGAGUAAAGAUAGAGGAAAGAAGGGGGAGUGUCUGAGAGAUUUGGAAGGAGACUAGACAGGACUCAGUGAUUAACUGGAAGCAAGAGUUGUAGAAGGUUCCAGUUUGUGGAACUGGGUCUGUGGUGAUCUUGGUGCCUGACAGAGUGAACCUGGAGGAGAAGGUUUGGAGCGAGCUGGUAGGUCCCUUUACACAUGCUGCUUACUCCUGGGUUCCUCUGUGAUCCUAUGCCUCAUCUUCUCUGCAUAACAAGGCACUUGCCUCCUACAAGAUCUGUUUUAUAAAUUCCUCCUCUUCUGGGAAGCCUAUCUGGGUUUCGCCCUCUGUUGGUUCUGGUUAGAUGAUUAUGAGUGUGUGAAGUCAGUAUCUGUUUACAGGUAUCUCUUCUGCAGCUUGAGCUUCUCCAAGCAAGGAUGUGUUUUAUUCCAUGCUGUGUCCCUCACACAGCACCUGGGACACAGGAGGUACACAGCGAGAACCGAAGUUUGGAGGUAGACGAGCAGGCGAGCGGUUUGCCCGGGCGCAGAGCAUGAAGGCCGGGCGGGCGCGGGGAGCGGGCGCCCGCCGCCCGGCGCGGGGGUGAGCGAGAGAGAGAGCGGAGCGCGUGUGGCCGGCGCCGCUCGGCCGGGAGCUCCCGCGCUCGCGCCCCGCGCCCCGCGCCCGCCGCCGCCGCCGCCGCCGCCCCUGUUGCGAUGGCGCAGAAACCCCGUUGACAAGGCACUGCUUUUUCAUGACGCAAAACGUCAUAUUAUUUCACAAAAAGCCCAGCGAUUUCACCUGAAGAAGCUUGGGAACUCCUGCCAAAAAUUGUAGCACUUCUCACAUUGCAAUGUUGUCAUGGAUGAUGAUGAUGACUCGUGUCUCCUUGAUCUUAUUGGAGACCCACAAGCAUUGAACUAUUUUCUACAUGGACCUAGUAAUAAAUCUAGCAAUGAUGACUUGACUAAUGCAGGAUAUUCUGCAGCCAAUUCAAAUUCAAUUUUCGCCAACUCUAGUAAUGCUGAUCCUAAGUCAUCCCUCAAAGGUGUAAGCAACCAGCUUGGAGAAGGGCCCAGUGAUGGACUGCCACUUUCAAGUAGCCUCCAGUUUCUUGAAGAUGAACUCGAGUCUUCUCCUCUUCCUGAUCUCACUGAGGACCAACCUUUCGACAUUCUUCAGAAAUCCUUGCAAGAGGCCAAUAUCACUGAACAGACACUGGCAGAAGAGGCAUAUUUGGAUGCCAGUAUAGGUUCAAGCCAACAGUUUGCACAAGCUCAGCUUCAUCCUUCUUCAUCAGCAUCCUUUACUCAGGCUUCUAAUGUUUCUAAUUACUCAGGUCAGACGCUGCAGCCUAUAGGGGUGACGCAUGUGCCUGUUGGAGCAUCGUUUGCAAGCAAUACAGUGGGUGUACAACAUGGCUUUAUGCAACAUGUGGGGAUCAGUGUUCCCAGCCAGCAUUUGUCUAAUAGCAGUCAGAUUAGUGGUUCUGGUCAAAUACAGUUAAUUGGGUCAUUUGGUAAUCAUCCUUCCAUGAUGACUAUUAAUAACCUAGAUGGAUCUCAAAUCAUAUUAAAGGGCAGCGGGCAGCAAGCCCCAUCAAAUGUGAGUGGAGGGCUCCUGGUUCAUAGACAGACUCCUAAUGGCAACUCCUUGUUUGGGAACUCCAGUUCCAGUCCAGUAGCACAGCCUGUUACCGUUCCAUUUAACAGCACAAAUUUUCAAACAUCUUUGCCUGUGCAUAACAUCAUCAUACAAAGGGGUCUUGCACCAAAUUCAAAUAAAGUCCCAAUUAAUAUACAGCCAAAGCCUAUCCAGAUGGGUCAGCAAAAUACAUACAAUGUGAACAAUUUGGGAAUUCAGCAGCACCACGUACAACAAGGGAUCUCUUUUGCUUCUGCAAGCUCACCCCAGGGCUCAGUAGUUGGUCCACACAUGUCUGUGAACAUUGUAAACCAACAGAACACAAGAAAGCCAGUCACCUCACAGGCAGUGAGCAGCACUGGGGGCAGUAUUGUUAUUCAUUCCCCCAUGGGCCAACCUCAUGCACCCCAAAGUCAGUUCCUUAUACCUACAAGCCUUUCUGUCAGUUCCAACUCGGUACACCACGUCCAGACUAUAAAUGGGCAACUUCUUCAAACUCAACCCUCUCAGCUCAUUUCUGGCCAAGUGGCCUCAGAGCAUGUCAUGUUGAACAGAAACUCUUCCAGCAUGCUCAGGACCAACCAACCAUAUACCGGACAGAUGCUUAACAACCAGAAUACUGCCGUCCACUUAGUGUCUGGGCAGACAUUUGCUGCCUCUGGAAGUCCAGUGAUAGCCAAUCAUGCCUCUCCUCAGCUUGUGGGUGGACAGAUGCCCUUGCAGCAGGCAUCCCCAACUGUAUUACACCUGUCACCUGGGCAGAGCAGCGUUUCCCAAGGAAGACCUGGCUUCGCCACCAUGCCCUCGGUGACAAGCAUGUCAGGACCUAGUCGGUUCCCUGCUGUCAGCUCAGCCAGCACUGCCCAUCCUAGUCUUGGGUCUGCAGUUCAGUCUGGUUCAUCAGGAUCAAACUUUACAGGAGAUCAGCUGACCCAGCCAAACAGGACUCCAGUACCAGUCAGUGUGUCUCAUCGUCUUCCAGUUUCUUCUUCCAAGUCUACCAGCACCUUCAGUAACACACCUGGAACAGGAACCCAGCAACAAUUCUUCUGCCAGGCUCAGAAAAAAUGUCUGAAUCAGACUUCCCCCAUUUCUGCUCCCAAGACCACAGACGGCCUGAGGCAAGCACAGAUCCCUGGGCUCUUGAGCACCACACUGCCAGGGCAGGAUUCUGGAAGCAAAGUUAUAUCCGCGUCCUUAGGAACCGCACAACCACAGCAGGAAAAAGUAGUUGGAUCAUCUCCUGGCCAUCCAGCUGUGCAGGUGGAUAGUCAUUCGGGAGGACAAAAAAGGCCUGCUGCAAAACAGCUAACUAAAGGAGCUUUCAUUCUCCAGCAGUUGCAGAGGGACCAAGCCCACACUGUGACACCAGACAAAAGUCACUUCCGAUCACUAAGUGAUGCGGUACAGAGACUGCUCUCCUACCACGUGUGCCAGGGCUCCAUGCCCACUGAAGAAGACUUGAGAAAAGUGGACAAUGAAUUUGAGACAGUUGCCACUCAGCUCCUAAAAAGGACCCAAGCUAUGCUUAACAAAUACAGAUGCCUGCUCCUAGAAGAUGCCAUGCGAAUCAAUCCCUCUGCUGAGAUGGUGAUGAUCGAUAGGAUGUUCAACCAGGAGGAAAGAGCUUCCCUGUCCCGAGACAAGCGUCUGGCACUUGUAGACCCUGAGGGUUUUCAGGCUGAUUUCUGUUGUUCCUUCAAACUUGAUAAAGCUGCUCAUGAGACACAGUUUGGCCGGAGUGACCAGCAUGGCAGUAAAGCAAGCAGCUCUCUGCAACCGCCAGCCAAGGCCCAAGGCAGAGACCGAGCCAAAACCGGUGUGACGGAACCCAUGAAUCAUGACCAGUUUCAUCUAGUGCCUAAUCACAUCGUGGUCUCUGCAGAAGGAAACAUUUCUAAAAAAACAGAAUGCCUUGGCAGAGCACUGAAAUUUGACAAAGUGGGCUUAGCGCAGUACCAGAGCACGUCUGAAGAGAAGGCCAGCCGGAGAGAGCCUCUGAAGGCCAGUCAGUGCUCUCCCGGCCCUGAGGGGCACCGGAAAACCUCAUCCAGAUCGGAUCAUGGUACUGAGAGCAAACUGUCAAGCAUCCUAGCAGAUUCGCACUUGGAGAUGACGUGUAACAAUUCCUUCCAGGACAAAAGUCUGAGGAAUUCUCCAAAGAAUGAAGUUUUACACACAGACAUCAUGAAAGGGUCAGGCGAACCCCAGCCAGAUCUCCAGCUGACAAAGAGCUUGGAAACCACAUUUAAGAACAUCUUGGAACUCAAAAAGGCGGGACGGCAGCCCCAGAGUGACCCCACGGUUAGCGGCUCUGUUGAGUUAGAUUUCCCCAACUUUUCUCCUAUGGCUUCACAGGAAAACUGCCUGGAAAAGUUCAUCCCGGACCACAGUGAAGGUGUUGUAGAAACUGACUCCAUUUUAGAAGCAGCUGUAAAUAGUAUCCUAGAGUGUUAAUAGCAGCAGUCCUCCCCCUACCCCGCCCCGAGACCCCGCCCCGAGACCCCACCCCGGACCAGUUACAUUCGUUCCUGGCAAAAGCAAAUGGAAAUGGUCUCCUGUCUCCAGCCUGCUUGAUCUUUCAUCACAGGUUAUUCUUUCUAAUCUCAAUCCUGUUCUUUGUUUAAGAGCAAUACUUGUUGUGAUUACAGGGAGAUCCUUUAGUAAAAUUAAUCCUUGGCAGAAAGCAGUCUGAUAGGCCCCACUCAUUUCAAGUGUUAUGAAAGUGCUUAUAGUCAUUUUGUUUAUUUGUUUUGUUUUUUAAAAACACUGUAACUCAAUGAGACCACAGUAUACUUGGCCCUUGGUAAAAUGUUGACAAUCAUAAGUCAUUUGAAAAGAACAGACUUACUAAAAUCAAACGAGACGGAUAGAAGCUACUUUUUAAAGAAUAUCCCACUGCAUCUCCAAAUUUAGUUUUGGGUUUUUUAAUUAUUAUUAUUUUGAGUUUUUUUGUGUGUGUUUUGUUGUUAUUGUUGAGGGGAAGACCACAUGGUUCUUCCCCCUCAGCCAUCUUUGAGCAGUAAAUUGCUGGCUGUGCUGCCAGGGACCCGCAGCCCUGGUGGAAAAGCCAGUAGCACAUACGCAGGGCAUUGCAGGGCUUCCCUAUUGAUGGUUCAAGUGCUUUUCUGAUGCUUCCGGAGCAAAACCUCAUGCUUUUAGGCAUAUCUAUGUUGAAUUUCACCUAGGGAAUGUUCUGUUCUUAGUUACAGGAGCAAAAUUUGAAAUAAUUUCACCAGGCUAAAUAAAGGAAAAUGGAAACCAGUUAAGAGGCACAGUGUACAGAGGAGGCCGGGAUAGAGCCAUGAGGGUUAUAAUAUUAAUAUGUAUAUAUGUAAAAGCAUAUAUAUGUUAACUAUUGAGAAAAAACAAGUUUUGCAUUUUAUAAUUGGAUAUAGUCAACAUAUAAUGUAUGUUUUUGUUUGUUGCUGGAUUUUGUUUCAUUUAACCUCUCUUUGCACCCUCUCCCACAACAAAUACCAAGCAUCAAAAGCACUUUCAUUUGAAAAUUAUUAUGUUGUAAUUUUUCAGUUUAAACUUUAAGGAGACUCUGGCCUUGUUUAUGCUUCUUGUCUGAGAACAGUAGUGACCCCUGGCAGCAAUUCAUUACCAAAACACAGACAAACCAAAGGUAACAGCUAGCCCACCACUGAAAGGAAAGAUCUGAGACAUGGGAUUCCCAUUUGAGAGCCAAAGGAUAUGCCCUGUCACGGUUUCUGUUUGGCCUGUGUUCAUAUUAGUGAGCAUGGCUUACUGCUUUAUUUAUUUUUAUUUCUUGUCAGGGAGUAUUCUCCGUUUUCCUUUCUCGUAUACCUGCCCCAGGUUAUCCCAUUUCUGUUGUUACCUUUAUUCUUAAUGUCAUUGUAAUCAUCACUUAUCUCCUCUCAUUGGGAAAGCUACAUGAUAGUAUUUUUAUGCACUCUUCUCCCACACAUACACACACGUGCAUGUAUCUGAGCUGCUCGGAUCCAGAGGUCAUUUUUGUUACAGUGUGUGCACACUCACUCUCCUUCUUAGUGUGCGUACUCUCUCAUUUAUUCUGUAUCUCCCUGGCUCUGGAGGUGCAGCCACUGGUCUUCACUUUAAUGUGUUGCCAGAAUCUGCUUCUGGCUGUCGCCAGCAUGGGGAUGACCCCCAUUGUCAUCAUGUUGGGCAUUUCUUUUCCAGAUUGGCCUGUGAUGGAAAGGAAGGCUUCUAAUUAGAAAACACAGCAACAGAAGACCUAUACCCCGGUGCCCCUGUGUCCCACUACACACAGAAAACCCUGUGAGAUGGCCAAUCUUCAUAAUAGCAACGUACCUUCACCCCAGCCACAUGCCCCAGCCAAUACAAAUUGGAAAAUCUGGCCUAUUUUAGGGUUACCAUUUUUUCCUUAUUUGUGCCAAUGUCCAAGUUGCAGAUUUCCCCUUUUUCCUGUAUUGUAACAUAUUAGAUAAGUUGGUGUUGCCAGUUGGUACUUUCUGUUUGGGUAGUCCUAGGGUAACACCCUGCCCUAAACUCCAUGAUUUCAUAGGCUUUUCUUCCCUUGGGGCUCAUGCUCCCCUAAUUCCUAGCAAGAUGAUCCUUCCUAAUCAAAUUCUUCUCAUUGCAGAACUUUAUCCCUGGAAGCCUUCAUGUGGGCUGCUAGUGAGUUACAUUAAUUACUGCAAAUCAGUGGAAUUCUCAAGAGACAAGAUAAGCUUCAUGUACAUUUGUCACCUCUCUUUCUUCCCUAUCCUGCCCUGCUGUCCCAAUCCUAGCUUUUCUAUAUACCAUCUUAAAGGGUUUUUAAGCCCUAACACUUGUCUAGCAAAUGGAGAGCCUAAUUUACCAAAAUGAAACUUGUAAAUUUUUGUGUCAUUGUAUGUAAGUUUACUUUUUAUGGAGGAAGGAUUCUAGAUAAUGACAAAUGAAGAUUAUGACAUGUAUUUUACUCCUGUGAUUAGGUUCUACGCACAUGGGUCAUAACUCGCAUGUCGAGCCCCCUCUGGUGAAGGGUAGGAGAGCUCAGCCUCGGAUGGCCAACAUUCAGUUGUUCAGGUUCAUUCGUCAAAGUUAAGUUUUAGAACUAUUUGUACUCAGUAACAAAAAUCAUUUUCUUUUUUUUUUUUUUUUUUUUCUGUUGUGGAAAAGUGUGAAUUUGUUAUUAAGCAUUUGAUUUUCUGUGUCCUUAAGUACUUCCUGAAGAUGAAGCAAAAUUUUAAUCUGGCAGUUAUGAAAAAGAAAUAUUUUAGCUCUGAAGGAUUUAGUAGAUUCUGUUAGAUUAGGGAGGCCUUACAGACUGACUUUACUUAAAGAGGACACGUCACUCGCUGUCAGUGUGGUGUGGGCUUUAUUUGCUUAAAUACCUUCAUUUGUAUAGUACGUCUCACUUGAAAUUGCUUUGUAUACAUUUUGUAAAAAUAUUUAUAAAAUGUUUUGUAAAAAAAAAAAACUAUAACAAAUUGCAGUUUAUUUUGUUAUGUUGGAUAAAUACUGUUAAAAGAAACCAGUCAGUAACUAUAUUGUUAAUCCAUGGUUAGGAAAUGUUUAGUUGGAGAUUACAAAUUGAAACAACCAUUGCAAUACAGCCAAAGAUUUGGGAAAA